AGAUAUUGUAAAAGAGAAUCAACCUCUCGUUGAAUUUUCACAACUUAGGUAUAUUAUUGAAGAGAAAGAUAAAUGGCUAACAUUAUUUUUCGACGAAAUUGAAGCUGAAGCCGACGUGGAAAAAAAGAGUGAUGACGAAAAAAAAGAUCUUAAUCGAUCUCUAGCAUAUCAAUGUUACUUGAUGUGUUGGAAUCAAAAUAGGGGUAUAUCACUCUGGGAUCUAAAAAACGAACAAGUAGAAGGUGAAAAGUUUACUUGGGUAGAUG